AUGAACCCUACUUUUGAUACCGACCGGCCUAUAAAGCAUGUCAGUCGGAAGGCUAUCUAUACUCGACUGGAAGCUCGAAUCGAUUAUCUUAGGAGCUUCCUCGACUUCAAUACAGAUGAUAUCGAGGCCCUCGAAUCCGGAAACAAAUAUAUUAAAGCAUUAAUCCCUGCUGUCGUCAACAUGGUCUAUAAAAAACUCCUUGAGCAUGACAUUACCGCGCGAGUAUUCAUGACAUACGACACUUCGAACGAAAAACCCAUCGAAGACUUCUUCAACGAGGAGAGUCCCCAGAUUAAGCGGCGCAAGAUGUUUCUCCGCUGGUACUUGAUCAAGAUUUGCUCGGACCCGACACAGAUGGAAUUCUGGCGAUAUCUGAAUAAGGUUGGAAUGAUGCACUGUGGUCAAGAACGGUUACACAAACUCAACGUCGAAUACAUCCACAUCGGCGCAUGCCUUGGCUACAUCCAAGAUAUCUUCACCGAAGCCCUCAUGUCGCACCCCCGUCUGUCCCUGCAACGCAAAGUCGCUCUCCUCCGUGCAAUCAAUAAAAUCAUCUGGAUCCAAAACGACCUCUUUGCGAAAUGGCGCAUCCGCGACGGCGAGGAAUUCGCCGAUGAAAUGUCCGAGGUCAUCAUCGACGACAAGGAAGGGUAUCUGGGUGAAAAGAAGAUCCUUGGUGACGGGAGUACAUCUGGCAGCUCAACUGAUGAUGACCGGUCGAGUUUUAAGAGUAGUAUUGCUCCGUCUGGGCAAUCGAUAGCGCCGUCUCCUGUGUGUCCGUUUACAGGUGCUUCGAGGGGGGACUCGGGUACGGAGACGAAGAUUUGGGCAGAGUAG